AAAAGAGAGAGACUCGCUCUCCCCUACACACACACACACGGACAUAGACUGUCAAACACUGCAGGACUGAAAGAAAGGUGUGGUGACCAUGAAGAAACUGGGCAAGAAGCAGAUUGCGUUGGGCGGUUUGUUGGUCACGCUGACCUGUAUGAGCAUCAUAGCUCUGAUUCUAUCUCUGGCUCGUCACUACACUGUGGAUCUGCCCUAUGUGACACAGUACGGGAUAGUGUUUGAUGCUGGGUCUUCCCACACCUCUCUUUACCUGUAUAAAUGGCCUGGAGGCAAGCAGAACAACACAGGAAUUGUAUCUCAGCAACUCAUGUGUGAGGCGGAUGGUGGUGGUAUAGCCAGCUAUGUCGAAAACCCCCCAGAGGCCGGACGGAGCCUCGUGAAGUGUUUGGACGUUGCCAUGGCAGCGGUCCCCUCUGGACAACAGAGCACCACACCGCUUUACCUGGGAGCCACAGCUGGAAUGAGACUCCUCAGUUUACAAAACCCAGAUCAGUCAGACCAAAUCCUGGCAGAGGUGACGAAAACCAUCCGGGGUUAUCCUUUCGAUUUCCGUGGAGCACUGAUCCUCUCGGGGACGGAGGAAGGAGCCUAUGGCUGGAUCACCAUUAACUACUUACUGGAGGGACUGAUCAAGUACACUUUCGAGGGUCAGUGGGUCCACCCAAAAACAGGGAGAAUCCUGGGGGCUCUGGACAUGGGCGGUGCAUCCACGCAAAUCUCCUUCACGCCCCAGGAACCAGUGAGAGACCCUGCAUCUGCAAAGGACCUUCAGCUCUAUGGUUACAAAUACCAGGUCUACACUCACAGCUACCUGUGUUAUGGGCAAGAUCAGGCCGUGAAACAACUCCAGGUUUACCUGUUCAAGACGACUGGUUCACCAAGUAUAGUAAGACACCCGUGUUAUCCCCUGGGAUACAACCUUACCAUGACACUGGGAGAGCUUUUCAACUCGCCAUGUGUGGAAAAACCUGCAAACUUUGAUUCUGCUACCAGUGUCACCUUCUCAGGAGCGAGUGAAUCCCAGAGUUGCUUGGACCUCAUGGAGAAUAUCGUAAACGUGACCGACUGCCCGUACACCCCGGACUGCGGCUUCAACGGAGCCUACCAGCCCCCAGUUUAUGGAACCUUCUUUGCUUUCUCUGCGUAUUUCUACACCUUUGAUUUCCUCGGCUUGGCUCCCCAGUCUCCGCUGCCCAAGGUCAUUUCCACUAUAGACGCUUUCUGCAACAGGACCUGGGAAUCGCUUCGUGCAGAGUACCCAGACGUGAGAGAACAGUAUCUGAGAGAUUACUGCUUUGCGGCACACUACAUUAUGACCGUACUGCUCAGAGGAUACAAGUUUAAUGACACUUGGGAUCAAAUCUACUUCUACAGAACGGUGGCAGACACUGACAUUGGCUGGACAUUGGGCUACAUGCUGAACUUGACAAACAUGAUUCCGGCUGAGCGCCCUCUGGUGGUGACAGGAGUGCAGCACAGCCAGUUUGCCGCAGAAGUUUUCUUUAUCGUCUUCGUGCUCUUCCUCAGCCUCUGCGUCAUCAUCAUGCUGUGUGUUUGGAACACAGAGCACUGACAGAUCCUUCUAGAAACAUUAGAAUAUCCCGGAUCCUUCUGGAAGCAUUACAACUGAGAGAAGAGCUUUUCUAAAGACACAACGAGGAAGUAACAACAACGUUGGGAGCCAAACUUUGGGUUAAUUAACAUAUAACGUUUUGAUUGGCUAGCAUGUAAAAAUUGCAUGUCUUCCACUAUGAUGUCACUUUCAUCUCUAGUUCACUUUGUUUGGUGAUGGCUGAGGAGUAUAUCUAUGUUUUUAUAUAUAUAUAUAGCACUGUUCACAUGAGGUUUACUUUCUCUUUCUCUUCACUGUCUAUUUAAUGAGAAUUUUCCAAGACAACUGUGAGUAUGAGAAGCAAAGACUGACCCGCACAAACAAAUGACUCACACGCAACUCAGAAAACAAUGACACUCAGUGCGUGGAAUGUCACCGAUGUAUAUUUACUCUGAUAAUGUAGAAUUUGUUUUAUUUCAGUAAUGUUCCUCAAGGAUUCUUUAUCAUUUUUUUUCCCCCUGCACAUGUGACUCUGCAUUAUUUACACACACUGCAUACCUGAUCAGGGAAUUUGACCCUUUGCAAUUGAAAAUGUUGGAUUAACACUUGAAUCACUGUAUUUCUUUGUUUGCAUUGAGUCUGUUGUAUUUAUUGUAUUUAUU